GGACAGGGAUGAAGCUGAGAAAUUGAUCGGGAAAAUCAUUGUUCACCCGCGCAAUUGAACGGAAGUUAAAAUAGUUAAAAACCAGAAACGACGACGUGUUCCCAUUGAUAAUCGAUGGCAGUGGCGGACGGCUGCAUGCGUGCAGUAAUUGAAGCCAUCCAUUCUUCACCUACCCAAGCCGUUCUUUAUCUCUCCGGCGGCGCCUCUCAGGUAUCUUUCCCCAUUUCUCGCUGAACGGAAACACAGCAAUUCACACUCAUGCAUCGUUUUAUAUUCCCCAAUAUAUUAAGAAAAUUUAAGUAAAAUGGAAAAAUUGUGCAGGCGCUGGGGUGGUUGAUGUCGGUGCCGGGAGCGUCAAAUACUGUACUUGAAGCAGUUGUGCCGUAUUCUCGGAUGUCCAUGAUUCAACUGGUCGGCAAGGUGCCAGCUCAAUUUGCCAGUUCGAGAAAUGCGGAGGACAUGGCACUGUUGGCUUACAAUAGAGCUUUGAAGCUUUCUAAACCAGGAUAUCCAGUUCUUGGUGUGGGUUUUACUGGUUCUCUGGCUAGCGCACGAGCUAAAAGGGGAGAUCAUAGGUUUCACUUGUCAACAAGAACUUCAAACCAGCUUUGGAUGUCCACAGUUACAUUAUCAAAGGGCUUGCGGACACGCGAGGAAGAAGAUAGAGUCUCAAGCCAAUACUUAAUCAAGGCAAUUGCAAACGCUUGCAAGGUUCAGGCUACCUUUUUCUCUGAAUUGACUGAAUCUGAAGUUCCAGAGGAAUUCGAAACGAAAUUCAAUGAAGAUGAAGAGCUUCAGCAAGUUAUAAGUGGGCAAAUAUGCUUUAAGGUCUAUCCCUUUUCUCGUGAUUUCCCUGACACCGAACGGAAAAUAAUUCUACCUGGUUCAUUUAAUCCAUUGCAUGAUGGCCACUUAAAGCUCUUGGAAGUUGCAACAAGCAUUUGUGGGGAUGGAUACCCAUGCUUUGAGUUGUCUGCCAUAAAUGCUGAUAAACCUCCAUUGACGGUAUCUCAAAUCAAAGACCGAGUUAAACAAUUCGAAAAAGUGGGAAAAACAGUCAUUGUAUCUAACCAGCCGUAUUAUUACAAGAAAGCAGAGCUCUUCCCUGGGAGUGCUUUUGUGAUUGGUGUAGACACAGCAGUUAGACUUAUAAAUCCAAAAUACUACAGUAAUGAUCAUUCAAAAAUGCUGGCGACACUUGGUGGUUGCAAAAGCACAGGCUGUCUAUUUUUAGUUGGUGGCCGGAAUGUGGAUGGGGUUUUCAAGGUACUUGAGGACUUGGACAUACCCGAGGAACUAGAAGACAUGUUUGUUUCCAUACCACCUGAGGCAUUUCGCAUGGAUAUAUCAUCAACUGAAAUCAGGAACAAGUUGAGGUGAACAUCACCUUGAAAAUACAAGUUGAGGUAGAUGAAUAACAUUUUGAAAAUUGAUUUCUAUGGCUAUGUAGUGGUGUUUGUGUGAUUAAACAAAUUUUGUAUUGAUUCAGGAAGGAUAGGGUUGCAUCCAUGUACAAAGUGUGAAAACAAUCCAAAUAAUAUGAACAGAAAUAGUCAGGAAAAUGUAGAUAUGUGCAUUGCAUCAAAAGGCUGUACCUUGUCACUGAGUUCACAUGAAGUAGACUAGAGAGCUAAAUACAGAAAGCAAUUGGAAAGGCCGCAAACUGAAACAACAUAAUAGACUCAUUGCUUCAUUUAUAUGUUACACUUUCUUUUGGGAUUCGAAUUGAGAAGUUUCUAACUUCUAACCUAUAUCUUGAGAACCCAUCUUUGCGCUCUUGGAGCUUAACCACCACAGGCGGCGCCACAGGCUGCACCACAUGCGGCGCCAUAGUUGUCGUUUUGGGUAUCUGAAGCCACCUUAUCUCUGGUUGCUCCAGUUCCACAAGCGAGGAUAAUGGCUAAGAUCAAAGAUGAGCUGAAAAUGAUGGCCCAAAACCACCAAACUGUGCUUCCUAAACUUCCGAGCUUGUUUCCGUCCCAGCUUCCUCCUCUGUGCCAUUCCCUUCCCAUAUCUCAAUCACUCUUUGAUGUCUUAGAUAUUUCCUAUCUAUUGAUCUGUGUGUUUAAGUGCAGUACUAACACAAGUCUCAAGCGGUGUUGUUAUCCCAGUAUUAAAGUUGACUUUUAUGAGCAGUGUUGGUUGAUUUAUCAAAUUUUAUUCUCUCUUUUACCUUCAAUAGUGGAUGGUGAUCAGAAUGAGAAUGGAAUAGUGGAACAGUUAAGAAAAACGUAGACAUGACCAGCGGAAUCUUUUGCCCCUUUUGGAUAGUUUUCCACACAUGGUAUUUGACUUUGCACCCCAAAGAAUGACUCAGACCUUCAACAAUAUCUGCAGAAUUUAACUUUUCUUGAAAAAAAAUAAAUAAAUGAAAAUUAAGUGCUUUCAGCACUGGGAUGUGAUGCAGUUUAGUAGUAAGACGACUCUUCUG